AUGUCGUCGCCAAUUUCGAUUCCUGAGAAAAAAACUAGCAAUGAUGCGGUUUCGCCCGAAAGUUCGCCCAGUUUUCAUGGCCUCACUUUGCCGAGUCCAAUCGUCACUCGCAGACAGAGAACGAAAUCCAUGACCGAGCGCCUUUAUGAUGCUCCCAUACAUCGCGGAACGGUCAAGUAUUUCAGCCGUUCACGAGGACACGGAUUCAUAACCCCGGAAGAUGGUUCCGAUGACAUAUUCGUACACAUUUCCGAUAUCGAUGGAGAAUUCAUUCCCAAGGCCGGCGAUGAGGUGCGAUACAGAGUGUGUCCAAUCCCUCCCAAAAUGGAGAAAAUGCAAGCAGCUCACGUGACGAUCAUCCACUUUUGUCCAGUCAGGCAUCAAAAAUGGAACUAUUCUCUCACAUCAGCCGAUGUUGAGACCGAGAAUAAAGAAAUCGCUGCUGCCCGGAAAUCUGAUGAGAAGGAACAGAAUGGUCAUUGAAUCAACAUAGUGAGAGUUCUUCUGAUGAGUAACUGAUGGGAAAUUUUUAGGUCUUCCUCCUUGAAUCUGAGGUUGAGAGGAGUUCGUGGCUGUCGCAGAAGAGUUUUAGAUUGAACGAACUGUCCGUCUUAAUCAUUCCGUUUGAUCUCCUUGACUCGAGGAACAGAUUUGUAUCCAUGAUGGAAUAGCUUUCUGGAAAUCGACUUUUCUCGUUCGAAGGUUUAAUUUUAAGGCUGCUUUGCUGUGGCCCGCUGGCUUUAAGACAGUAUCUUUUUAAGAAGCGUGAUCUGGUUUUUCUUGUGUGUUUUUUUGUAUUGUCAAAUUUAUUGCGGCUGGGAAUCGAACUUGAAAGUUCUCGGGUGUUUUUUUGUUUGUGUUUGUCACUAUUUGCAGCGAAGUAAAAAUUCUUUUCAGAUCCAUCAAGAGAAAUUGUUUUAGUAUUUUAUCCAAGCGUCGCUAAGUUCUGAAUUUUUUGUAGUGAAUUGGCUUUAAUAUUCUUCGUUGGCUGUUAUUUGUUGAUAUAAAUUUGUAGCCGGGAAGCAUAUGCCUUCUGUUUGAAAGAGAAAAUCUGGUGACCGGUGUAACGCGAUGAAGGUUUGUAAUCUGAUUGAUUACAUUCUUGUCAAUGUAAUUUUUUUGCAAUUGUGUGUUUUUGAGGAAUCUAUUCUUUCAACAUCAUGUCGACGCGAAUUUCGAUUCCACAAAGAAGAAUUAGCAAUUAUGCAGUUACUCCCGAAGGUUCACACAGUUUCAGAGAGGAGUUUCGUGGCUUUCAAAAUUGAGUUUUCGAUCGAACGCAACUGUCUUUCUUAAUUAUUAUGAAGAUAUCAGAUUUGUUCUUCUUGAAUCAAAGAAACAAGAUUCCUGUCCAUAAUGCAAUAGUUUUCUAAAAAUGUAUUUUUCUUGUUUGAGGGGUUGAAUGUGUGGUUGUGUUGCUGUGACCUACUGCCUUCAACACUAUCUUUCAAGAAGUGUCAUCUGGUUUUUCUUGUGUUUGUUUAUGUAAUCUCAAAUCUAUUGCGACUGGAAAUUGAACUGGCGAGUUCUUCAGG